UGAUUUGACAUUCCGAAGUUUAUGAAAAAAAAUUAAAAAUUAAAAACGUAGUCCGUGGAGAGAUGAGAAGAAUGCAAAUGGGUUAUAUCUAGUGAAACUGAAGGUUUGUGCUAUAUAUAGAGUGAAAUCUGUCAUUUGUUUUCAGUCCUAACGGUGCUUCAGAAAAGUUGUUUUUAAUCAGAACUAACUGCAUCAUUCAGUCGUUGAUCGCAUCUGUUAAAAACCUCCAAUUAGACACAUCUGUUAAAAAUUUGAAGUAGACAUACCGUCCAUUGAAGAAAGAAUCUGUAGGCCUACGCACAACAGACCAGACCACCGAUUGAUGAGUAUCGCUGAACGCAUUCUGCAGAUUGCGUACAGAACCAUGGGCGUGUGAGAGGUCCUGGAUGAGUAAGCUCGACGUCGCAAGUCAGCUGGCCCACAGUCCACCCGCCGCCAUGACUCCAACGUCGCUCAGCCGCGGCUGGAAUGGACGCGUCGCCCACAGCGUGCACCUCCACAGUCGGGGUGAAACGUUGACGCAUGCUAAUGCUGUGCCCACUAUUGUUCUCUCCACCCACCACCACCUCAACACCCAGCUGUCGCAGCCGCUGAAAAAUAUUGUUACUGUUGUUGAGCAGCUGUCAAAAUGAAUAGGCUACCAGCUGGACAGACAUCUGCCUUCGCCUGUGUAGGUGGCUGUGAAGGGCCUUUCGCACAGUUAAUGUGACUGCCAAGAUGAAGUUAGAGUACAGCUAUCUUCCAUAUAACCCCAUUUAAAAAUAGAAGUCUCAACAGUCUCAAUGUUACAAAUACACGUCGUUCUCUGCUUCUGUGUCUGGGUAACAGUUGUCACACAGACUUUGGCCUGGAUAGAAUUUAUGUUUUCUCCAUAGCAUUGACUCAUGACUCCUAACUUUGAUUCAGUGACACAGUUGCAAGUUCAUUAGGGUGACGAUUGAACUUGUUAAACUGUAAAAACGCUUGCAUUUAAUCAUGAGGCAGCAAUAACAAAAGCCUUGUGGACCGAAUCCCAGGCCCUUAUCUCCUAAUUUGUUUAAAAAAUCUAGUUAAAAACAUAAUGUAAUGCAUUUCAUUCAGAGUUAACACUGCUCUAAAACUUACUCAUCCUAAAACAAGAAAAUGCACAUAUUUAUGCACAAAUUGUCCACAGUGUUACAUGUUAAUCGAAAAGGAUGAAGAAACCGCAGACAAAAUUCUUGGGUCAAAAACCUAAUAUGCCUCGAUUUCAGAAUGAUAAGCAAUCUAGCUGAGGGUAGCUAAAUAAUAAGGCUAUUCAUGGUUAUGUCACACUCAAACAUCCUCCCUCUGGCAAAAUGAGUUUUCCGUGAACUGAAUUUACAUGUCGGGCAUCAAAACAUCCUUAAAACGCUCUGAUAAUGGAAGUUAUUUUCAGAAUCAUUUUGGGCCCUCUAUUGCCCAUACAGCUCAUUCGUGCCACUAAUACCAUAGUUUUUCAGUUUUCAAUUGCUGGGCAAUUUACUUUUGAACAGUUCUCACGAACAAUAGAAUGCAUUAAAUGUUAACGGAGGGGAUAAUUGUUAAAUUGACAACUGCACUUUAUCCUCAAAAAUGCCCUUGUUUCAAAAUGAAGCAAAUGCUGUGCUCUGUGUCUCUAUUUGUCCUUACCGUGGGGACAGGAUAAGUCACCCAUUAUUACAUCAUAGGAACAUCAUUCAAAAAAGUUUUAUUUGAAUGAACUAAAAAGCUGGAAUUACUUGUCUACUGCUUUCAGUAUGAAGGCAUUUCGUGUCCAACCCUAGUCCUAGAGAGCCAGAGACUGCUAGCUCACCCACAACCCAAUGUAUUUAUUACAGCAGUUGAUUACACAGUUUAUCCACCUCAGUUGGUUUCUUGGGUCUUAACUGCAGGGUUUCUCCUGGCUCAAAACAGGGCUCAGGUGGAGACUUUGUGUGACUUUGGUCAGUCCGGCUUUUACUGCCACUGUUGACUCAGCGUGAUGUCUCCUUAUAUUUGAAGGGUUACAAAUUGUAAAUGGCAGAAUUGGGGGCAGAUAUAGCCUAUACUGAAGGUUUUACACAUUGUAAGGGGGUCAUUCUACAGGAAUAGUGGUAUUAAUGGCUUUUCAAAAUUUUAUUUCUCAGUUCUGUCGGCACAGAUAGGCAAAAACCAUGUAGGAUAAUGAUAAUAGAGUACAAUCCCCUUAAUUGCAUGAGGGAUUAUCGCAUAAUUUGAGUAUUUGCAAUUCUUUUAUACAAUUAAGGGAAUUCUAAUGUCGUGUGUCUAAGUAUUCUUAGAGUGUCAAAGGUUGCAUGUAAACUUGAAAUGCAGUAUAAUUAACUACCAAAUUGUACCAAUAAAUGCAGGAACCAUUUCUAAUAGUUUUACAGGUGGUUUUUUUUCACCUCCUAGAGGUGGCUUAGAGAGCUUGAAAUAACAAGAACCCUGAACUGGUUGUUGAGAAAAGAUGUCCCAAAAUCCAGGGUUGGGGACCCCAUUUAAGGCAAAAAGGCAACAUAGGUGGGUAUAAAUAUGCGAAAGGAGAAUUGCAGGAUGUUUGAACCCCAGUUAUAGCGUGUCUUGAACUUCUGUCAAUGUGGAACAUGAAAGUCUCAUGUUGUUACACGGUUUUGGGUAAGAAGGCUUACAGGUCUGUCUGAUGGGGCUGUUUCCUGUAUCUCAGAGCUGCUGUACUGAAUGGGGAGAAAAGCCAGCAUGUAAUUCCAAUUUGAUCCCUGCUCCAUUUACCAAACUCACUUUUCACAAGAAUAAUAAAAAAAAAGAUUCAAAUCCUUUUUCUGCCAGUGACCUACAGCCUCAAGGCAAGCACGUCUUAAUAAUAAAGGAAAUGUUACCGAGAGUGAGCUUUCUCACACAGAUUUCCACUUGCAUGCUUCUAGAAGCCCACUUCAGAUUACAGAAAAUAUCGCUUCGCACACUCUUUGAAAUUCUUUCUCCACUAAUGAAAUGUUUUGUGGUCAUAAAGGGUAUGAAUGUAGCAAACUGUAACCACGAGAAUAGACCACUCAGGCCAUCUAGGCUUCCCCCACAGUCACCCAGCACUGUGCCAAGCCUCAUUUUAAGCACUGUCUCUAACUUCACUGUGAGUCUUGGUAGAAUGUGCCAUGCAUUUACUACUUUCUAUAUGAACAAAUAUUUAUAUUUACCUUUCAUUUUUAACUGGCAAAUGUGAACUUGCACUGUACUUUUAUUUUGCUGUGACUAUGACUUGACUCUGUCAGCAUUAGCACACCAGCAGUUUAGUAUUACAGGACACUGCCCUCAUUUAGAUAUGUACAACACUUAAGAAUAUUUAUGAAUGGGUGACCAGCAUAAAUAUGCAAUUAAAAGGUUAAUUGGGUGGUAUAUUCUGUGGUAGAAAUAUGCGCCAGGCACACACACACACUUCACAGUGCUCACGGUGCCCACGCAGUGCUGUGGGAGCUUUCACUUGUUUCACAAACAUUUUCAGCUGAGAAAUUUCUGUCUAAUUUCCACAUCAAGCAGAAAACCCCAAAACAUGCAGUCAAUGGACAAAUCCCUUCUUUCUAGGAGCUGUGACCUCCCCCUAGAGAGAAUCGCACCCAUGCGCUCCUGUGCAGGAGUUCAGCAUGUCAGGCAGAUCUCUCCUGAAUACCACUGAAGGGGGCUAGAGAAUUGGGUCAUCUUUAAGAGAUGGGGGUGCUUUCCGGGCCUUGUUGACGGGAGGUUAGGGUGUUCUCCCCUCUGCCUGCCUGGGGCUCUGAGAGGUGUCUAAGCAGUUUUAGCUGUUUCCCUCUCUUUCUCCAGGGACAUGCUGAUUCACCCUGACAUUCAAGGGAAAGUGCUUUCACUUGUUUAAAAAUCUGGGGAUGAUUGGUAAUGUGGCAAUGGUCUCUUGAAAAUCAUGUUUGGUAGAAUGCAUAAACUUUGCAUGUACAUUUUAAAAUCAUGGUGCUUUUUUGUUACCAUAUUUAUGAUAUACUGAAGUUUUUGUCAUCAUAGUUUUUUCCUUUGGAUCCCUUUCCUAUGGAUGCUGACUAUUUUUCAUACAUUAUAAAAGUAAACACAUUAAUGAAUCCAGAUUUCACUCUCCCAGUUCCUUAUGGAGUGGAACUUUGGCUUUCUGAAACCGUUUCUGAGAUUCAGAGAUACUAUAUUUAUGAAACGGGUCUACACAAACGUGGAAGUGAUAUUCAAUGUUGUAGAGUAAGGUAUCAUGAUAAAUUAAAUUGUGACAGUGAAUCAUCUGAAGCAAUGCAAUUGUCGUGAUCACCUUCCCAGAUGAAUGCAGUGCUGUGAGUAAGGCUCAAAAGGAGAUAGAUUUCACUGGCUGCCAAAGUCAUCCCUUUUUGCCACAGCAUGCCGGCUGCAUCCACUGUAACGCGCUGUCAUUCCUCCUCUUUUGAAGCACUGUUUUGCAGCGCGUGCGAGGUUGAGUUUGUGUGGAAAUGGUCAUCGUGUGGAAAAGCGGCGUAACACUUUCCCCCCCCCCCGAGUCCCUUUCUGGGCCCUUCCACUCCAUCGCCUGCCCCGCGAAUGUGAAUCAUGUCAGAUGCGGCCCACGGCUACAGUUGCCGUGCAUAAGAUUAGGGCGCACACAAAAAAAAACAGGACCCUUCUGAAUAUAAAUGGAGCGGCUACACAGGCUUGGAGCUCUCUCGCGCAGAGGGACACGAGUUGCGCAACGCAGAGUCCGUUUGACUUUUAUGGGAGAACAAGGACUGUGUUUGUUAUUAGCCCGCCUGUCCAGCCAGGGGAACGUGCACAUCGGAUAAAAAUCGCCGGACCUGUAGUGUUCUCUGUCAAGCUGCUGUGGUGAACACUUAGCCUACGGGUUUCUGACAUGUGGUGAAGAUGUUAGUGUCCGAUGUGUGGUAAAUAUAUUGGGUUCUGGUUUCUGGCUUGUGGUGAAUAUUUUGGGUUCUUGCAUCUGGUUCGUGUGGUGUUGGUGUACCUGGAUAGCUGUGGUAAAUGCUUUGAUGCUGGUGUGCUCAGAUCGCUGUGGUGAUUAUUAGAGUGCUUGUUUCUGGUUGGGUGUGCUUGUUUGGUUGCUGGUUUCUGAUUUGUGGUGAAUAUUUUGGGAACUGGUUUUAGGUGUGCGUAGGAUAUUGAGGUUCUUGUUUUCCCCGAUAGCUGUGGUGAAUAUUUGGGAUCUGGUUUGCCCUGAUAGCCGUGGUGAUUUUUUGGGUGCUGGAUCUGAUUGGCUGAAUGUUGAAAGAAGGGGGAAAGAGUGAGACAGAUAGAGGGAUGAGGGAGGGUGGGGAGGGACCGUCCUGGAGAAUGAGGGUCCUCCUUUUGGGGCUGUGCACUCUGACUGUGCUGAGCUCGGCCGGGCUGGUCGUCCUGCUCCUGCGGCAGACGCAGCUGACUGCGCAGCUGCUGCAGUUGGAUGCGCAGGUGCGGGAGAUCUCUGAGAGGGCCGUGGUGGAGUUCCUGUCCGAGGUGACUCCCCUCGCCGAGCGGCAGAGGGCCAAACGUCAUCACCACCACAAUCCCCGGAGCAAGAGGAGCCAGCGCCCGUGGGGGCCACAGGGCCCCCCGCAUGGGGAACAGCAAGAGGACAUGAUGAUGAUGAUGACUUACUCCAUGGUCCCAGUCCGGGUCUUAGUGGAUCUCUGUAACAGCACCAAUGGAAUCUGCUUGACAGGGCCUCCAGGACCACCUGGUUUGCCUGGGCUUGAGGGAAUACCGGGAUUUAAUGGAACUGAUGGGAUGCCUGGGCCUAAGGGAGAGCCUGGAGAACAGGGAAAACGUGGGAGGAGAGGUACCCCUGGCCCACCAGGGGAAAAGGGAGAUCCAGGAGCCAUUGGGGAGCCUGGGCCCCCAGGGGAAAAAGGAGAGACCUCCAACGAUGUGAUAUCAGAAGGCCCUCCAGGUCCAGUGGGUCCCCCUGGCCCUCCCGGUCCUGUUGGGCCCCCCGGUCCCCCAGGGCCGCCUGGCCCCCGCGGACCCCCCAGGAACAGAACGCACAGAGCCCAUCUGCAGAGGGUCCAGACAGCUGUGGGCCUGUCGUACGCUGUGCCAAAUGAUGCCACCUCGUCUGAAAAAGCUGCUGGGAAGGCACAGGAAAUCCUGUCAAAGAAAGCAGAAUGCAUAGUCAAAUCCAUUACAAAUCCCAGAAAUAUUUCCAAAAUGGAGACCACAUUCGGGGCGUGGAUGCAAGACACAGCUCUGAAGGAUGAUGAGAGAAUCUGGGUGGCUGACCACUUCUCAGGCCGGGAUGUGAAGGAAUACUGGAGCAUAGCCUCGUUUCAGAACAGCACCAGCCAAACCAUCGAUGUGCGGAAGUUCUUCUUCGGCUGCGGCCACAUCGUGCACAACGGCUCCAUCUACUACCACAUCGCCGGGACAAUGGAGAUCGCCAGAUUCAACCUGCACAGUAAGAGAUUGCACACCCUGGCCAUUGAGAACUCCCUGUACCACAACCUCACCUAUCUCCUGAACAACUCCAAGACCUACUUCAAAUUGGCGGUGGACGAAAAUGGCUUGUGGUUGGUGUUCGCUUCAAGCCUGGAUGAGACCAUCAGGGUGGCUCAGCUGGACGAGAAGACGUUCUCUAUUACCUCCUACAUCAACACCAGCUAUCCCCGCACCAAGGCUGGGAACGCUUUCAUCGCGUGUGGGGUCCUCUACAUCACCGACACUAAGGACACCAAGGUGACGUACGCCUUCGACCUGCUGAAACAGAAGCCUGUCAGCGUGACCUUUGACCUGCGGUCGCCCGGGGGUGUCCUGGCCAUGCUGUCCUACAGCCCAAAAAACAAACACCUGUACGUCUGGGACAGCAGCUACGUCAAAGUGUACGACGUUCAUUUCCUCGCUGAUGACUGAACUUUUCCCCAGGACUUACAUAUGCAUGGGCAAUCUUUUUAUAGUCAGACUUUUAUUGAGAUUUUCAAAAAUUAUUGUAAGUAUUUAUGCUAAAUUGUCUUAUGGGUGUAGUGGACGGUGUGAGUGUACUUUAAUGUCUAAAUAUAAGUGGAUGAUCAGUAACAUCCAUAUGCAGCAGUUGUAUGGAGUAAUUACUGUCAUUUAUUGUAAUUGGAGUAGAAAAAAACAUCCCUGAGACUAUAAAAUAGUAUGUAGAAUCUGAUACUAGGAUUGCAGUAGAACUGACUUCGUAACACAGACAAAACCACUGUCUUCCAAGCUGAAGGUCAUUUUCCCAGGGGAUGACCUCAUUGACAAUACCCAUCCCUACCCCCACGCCUCGAAUAUGAAUUUAGGCUGUCUGCAUGUCUUCCUCCCCACAAAAAAGGUGCAAGAGUACUUUCGUGAAAUAAAAAGAAUUUAUUAAACUUACAAAGGUAAAACUAACAAUGGCAGGUGGCCAUUCUCUCUCUGGGACCUCACAUGGAGAAUCUGUGUUUGCGUUUCCCGCAUUUCCGAUGAACACACACACUAACACGGAUACCUAAGCAAAAGACAACUGGUCAGACAGUCAUAAAUACAUACAGCAGACAUGGUUCUCACCAUAAACACAAAUCUGUUCCAGGAACACCACACAUUUAACCAAAGUACGGCUAGUUCAGCUGGUAUGAUACAAACUCAA